AGCAACUAGAGGAUAGAGGAAGAGUAUUUGGCUAGUUUGAUAGCUAGCUAAUCUAGUUACGUAAACAAAAACAAACCUCACUCAUUGAUUGAAGACAAUUGCCCGGUGUUGACACGGACAUGUCAGUGGGGACCCUCUCUGUACAGGAGCAGUGACAUGGCUGCUGAUGACAAGUCCUCCUCCUCUUCCUCCUCCACGCUGGAGUGGAGCGCGGAACCUCCCGCCCUGCCCCACAGCCCCUCCCACCUCACGCACUUCAAGCCCCUGACCCCAGAACAGGACGAGCCCCCGCUCCGCUCAGCCUACAGCUCCUUCGUCAGCCUCUUCCGCUUCAGCAAAGACCGAUCCUACAGUAAAGAUGAGGGACGGCCCCCCUCCGUGGCAGAGAAGACAGAAGUAGCAGUGCCAUCUCCCCAGAGGGAUCGCAGCAGCUGGUCAAGCCCCUCCCACUCCCUCCACGCCUCUGGGACACACAGGAAGCAACACCCCCCUGAAAUGCUGCGCCGGACCUCCACUGCAUCAGAGGGCCGUAGGAAGUCGGAGGCCCCCUUGGGGAGCCAUGACCCCCGCACCGCCGUGCAGCUCCGCACUGCCCUCAAGCGGCUGAAGGAGAUCAUGGAGGGCAAGAGCCAGGACAGCGACCUGAAGCAGUACUGGAUGCCGGACAGCCAGUGCAAGGAGUGCUACGACUGCAACGAGAAGUUCACCACCUUCCGCCGCAGGCACCACUGCCGCCUGUGCGGCCAGAUCUUCUGCAGCCGCUGCUGCAGCCAGGAGAUCCCGGGGAAGUUCAUGGGCUACACGGGCGACCUGCGGGCCUGUACCUACUGCCGCAAGAUCGCGCUGAGCUACGCGCACUCGGCCGACUCGGGCUCCAUCGGGGAGGACCUGAGCGCCCUGUCGGACUCGCCCUGCUCCGUGUGCGUGCUGGAGCCCAGCGAACCACGCACGCCCGUGGGGGGUCGCAAGGCCAGCCGAAACAUCUUCCUGGAGGAGGACCUGGCCUGGCAGAGAAAAACUCCUAUUGGGAUAACGAAGAAUCUGAUCCAUCAGGAGUCUCAAAGUAGCGGCAUUAGCUCCAGGCUGACUGCAGUGCCGGAGGACGUGGGAAAAUCCCCAGCGAGGAAGAGGUCGGCUAGCGUUACCAACCUGUCUCUGGACCGUUCGGGCUCCUCCAUGGUCCCGUCCUACGACAGCUCCAUCAGCCCCCAGACCAGCCGGGCCCUGCCCAAACCGGACCACAAUGAGGACGAGCGCAAAAUCCUGCUGGACUCGUCCCAGCUGAAGGACCUGUGGAAGAAGAUCUGCCACAACAGCACGGGCAUGGAGUUCCAGGACCACCGCUACUGGCUGCGCACCUACCCCAACUGCAUUGUGGGAAAGGAGCUGGUCAACUGGCUGUUGCGGAAUGGGACCAUCUCCACCAGGGCUCAGGCAAUAGCUAUAGGCCAGGCACUAGUAGACGGACGUUGGUUGGACUGUGUCACUCACCAUGACCAGAUCUUCAGGGAUGAGUAUGCUCUCUAUCGCCCCCUACAGAGCACAGAGUUCUCAGAGACCCCAUCUCCGGACAGUGACAGCGUCAACUCUCUGGAGGGACACUCAGAGCCAUCCUGGUUCAAGGACAUCAAGUUCGAUGACAGUGACACGGAGCAGCUGGCAGACGAGAGCGAUUACAUUAUGCCCAACUCGGCUAGCCCCAGCAAGAGAACCUCCGUGAGCAGCUUCCAGUCAGCAGUGGACAGCGACUCGGCUGCCUCCAUCAACCUGAACGUGGAGCAAGACAAUGUCAACUUCCACAUCAAGAAGCACUCCAAGUACCCCCACGUGCCCCCCCACCCAGCCGAGCCGAAAGCUGAGCUCCUUGUGACAGAAGAUGGGGGACAGCAGAUCUCCAUCAGUGAUGCCUUUAUCAAAGAGUCGCUGUUUAACCGUCGGGUGGAGGAGAAGACCAAGGAGCUGCUGUUCACCCCUCUGGGCUGGCACCACAGCUCUCUGGACCAGCUGAGGGAGGAGAAUGGAGAGAAGAAGGCCAUGGAGAGACUGCUUUCUGCCAACCACAACCACAUGAUGGCGCUGCUGCAGCAGCUGCUGUACAGCGAGUCCCUCUCGCUGUCCUGGCGUGACAUCAUUGUGCCCGUGGUGCGGCAGGUGGUUCAGACAGUGCGGCCGGACGUGCGCAGCUGUGACGACGACAUGGACAUCCGCCAGUUCGUGCACAUCAAGAAGAUCCCUGGAGGGAAGAAGUUUGACUCUGCUGUGGUGAAUGGUUUUGUUUGCACCAAGAACAUCGCCCAUAAAAAGAUGAAUUCCUACAUCAAGAACCCCAAGAUUCUGUUACUGAAGUGUUCUAUAGAGUACCUGUACAGGGAGGAGACCAAGUUCACCUGCAUCGACCCCAUUGUGCUGCAGGAGCGGGAGUUCCUGAAGAACUACGUGCAGCGGAUUGCAGACGUGCGGCCCAACCUGGUGCUGGUGGAGAAGACGGUGUCUCGCAUUGCCCAGGACAUGCUACUGGAGCACGGCAUCACGCUGGUCAUCAACGUCAAGCCUCAAGUGCUGGACAGAGUUAGCCGCAUGACUCAGGGGGACCUGGUCAUGUCUAUGGACCAGCUGCUGACCAAGCCCCGCCUUGGAACCUGCCACAAGUUCUGCCUACACUCCUUCCAGCUGCCCAAUAAUGAGACGAAGACGCUGAUGUUCUUCGAGGGCUGCCCCCCGAAUCUGGGCUGCACCAUUAAGCUGCGGGGGGCGUCGGAGUACGAGCUCGCCCGGGUGAAAGAGAUCAUCGUGCUGAUGAUCUGCGUGGCCUACCACUCGCAGCUGGAGAUCUCCUUCCUGAUGGAUGAGUUCGCCAUGCCGCCCAGCCUCGCCAAGACCAGCUCCUUCCCCUGCCUUCUGGAGAGCGCCGGGGGUGAGGAGGAGGAGGAGGAGGAGGAGGAGGAAGAGGAGGAGAAGGAAGGGAAGGGGGGAGGAACUGAUUGCAAUGACCCCUUCCAGCCAGCAGAUGGAACCACAGGGCCUCCGGAGCAAGAGGGCCCCCCUGAAAAGCUGCCCUCAGUUUCGGAGUCCUCUCUUAAGGAUGGGGAAAGCCCCAAGGGUGCCAAGUCCGACUCCGCCUCGUCCUUCCCAGGGAUUGAGGGUGAGGAACAGGACGUGAUGACAUCCACGCCGGUGUCCUGCCCCCCGGCACCGCCCCCGCCCGUGUCCCCGCCUUUCCUUAUCUCAGACCUGGACAUGCCGGGACCAGAGGAGGAGGGGGCCAAGCGGGCCCUCCUGCGGGGGGACUCGCGGGAGAGCUCGGGCUCAGAGACGCCUCCGCCCCCCGCCCCCCGGCUCUUUCGGGACCCCCUGCAGGACGACACGGGCAUGUUCGUGGCCGAGCAGGUGGCGUCCUCCGACGACCGGCUGAAGUCCCUCUCCGCCGCUUUCAGGCAGGAGCUGAAGGACAUCAUCCUCUGCAUCUCGCCCUUCAUCUCCUUCAAGGAGCCCUUCCUGCUGACCCCCGCCGGCCUGCGCUGCCCGAGCCGCGACUACUUCCCCGAGCAGGUCUACCUCUCCCCGCUGCUCAACAAGGACUUCCGAGAGCUGGACGGUCGCCGCAAGAGGCAGCUGCUGAAGGAGGUGGCGCCGGCCCCGGGCGGCGUGGCCAACGGCGGCGGGGCCCCGCUCCCUGCGCCCCGCUCCAUCCAGGUGCUGCCCUCGCACCGCCUCACCAGCAUGCGCAUCGCCGAGCAGCUGGGCAGCAGCCACAGCCUGGCCCGCACCCUGGCCGACUACCGCGCCCAGGGGGGCCGCAUCCGCACGCGGGAGGCCGACCCCUUCGCGCAGACCCGCGAGGCGCCCCCGCCGAAGCCGCCCGCCAAGGCGGAGAGCGAGGAGGACCGGGGGCCGCCGCAGAACGACAUGACCUGGGCUGCCAAGAUGGACUGCCUGAACCCCAUCAACCAUCAGCGGCUGUGUGUGCUCUUCAGCAGCUCCUCUGCGCAGUCCAGCAACGCUCCGAACCCCUGCGUCAGCCCUUGGAUUGUGACCAUGGAAUUCUACGGAAAGAACGAUUUGACCCUGGGCAUAUUUUUAGAGAGAUACUGUUUCAGACCUUCCUACCAGUGCCCCAGCAUGUUCUGCGAGACUCCCAUGGUGCACCACAUCCGCCGUUUCGUCCAUGGCAACGGCUGUGUGCAGAUCGUGCUGAAGGAGCUGGACUCACCCGUGCCGGGCUACCAGCACACCAUCCUCAACUACUCCUGGUGCCGUAUCUGCAAGCAGGUGACGCCAGUGGUCCCUCUGUCCAGUGACUCCUGGUCAAUGUCCUUUGCCAAGUAUCUGGAGCUGCGCUUCUAUGGGCACCAGUAUACCCGGCGCGCCAAUGCUGAACCAUGCGGACACUCCAUCCACAAGGACUACCACCAGUACUUCUCCUACAACCAGAUGGUGGCCUCCUUCAGCUACACCUCUGUGAGACUGUUGGAGAUCUGCCUUCCUCCUCCCAAGAUCUUCAUCAGGAAUCAGGGCCCCUCCAAGAACAGCCUGCUGCAGGACCUCAAGGACUUCUCACAGAAGGUGACUCAGGUGUACCUGGCCAUAGAUGACCGCCUCACCUCCCUAAAGACGGACACCUUCAGUAAGACCCGCGAGGAGAAGAUGGAGGACCUAUUUGCACAAAAAGAUAUGGAGGAAGCAGAGCUGCGCAGCUGGAUCGAGAAGCUGCAGGCCCGGCUGCUCUCCUGCGGCAUGGACGCCCCCCAGCAGCUGCAGGCCGUGCUGGAGUCAGUGGUGGUGAAGAAGCAGAGCCUGUGUGAGACCCUGCAGUCCUGGAACAGCCGACUCCAGGACCUAUUCCAGCAGGAGAAGGGCAGGAAGCGUCUGUCCGUCCCACCCAGCCCGGGGAGACACAGACAGACAGACGACAGUAAGACGAGCGCUCUGGAGUCCUCCCCACGGAACCCCUCCCCUGUGGUGCAGAAUGGAGAGAAAGAGGAUCGGUACCUGAGCACCCUGCCCUCGGGUUCCGGGUCCUCCUCACUGCUGCAGCUGCCGUCGCCAGGGGAGACGGGCGCAGAACCGCUGUCAUCGGGUCCAUCUUUCCCUGAGCAGGACUCCAUCAGCAUUCCCGAAGAUGUGUUUGAUGGACACCUCCUGGGCUCCAAUGACAGCCAGGUGAAGGAGAAGUCCACCAUGAAAGCUAUCCUGGCCAACCUGUUGCCUGGCAACAGCUACAACCCCAUCCCUUUCCCUUUUGACCCAGACAAGCAUUACCUGAUGUACGAACAUGAGCGAGUCCCCAUCGCCGUGUGUGAGAGAGAGCCCAGCUCCAUCAUUGCCUUUGCUCUCAGCUGUAAGGAGUACAAGGCAGCCCUGGAGGAGCUCUCUAAGGCUACAGUGAAGACUGGAGCGGAGGAUACAGCCCCGACCAACAGCACGGGAGAGAGCCGGGUGAAGAGCAGCCCCGCCAAACCCAACGAGACAGCUGCCCCGCCUGCGGCCCGCUCCAGCCUGGACACCGACCCGCUCAAAGAGCCAGAUGGAGGAGAUAAGCAGAAGAAGCUGGCAGGGAACCCUCACAUUGAACUGCAGUUCUCGGACGCCAACGCCAAGUUCUACUGUCGGAUCUACUACGCGGAGGAGUUCCACCGCAUGCGCGAGGAGAUCAUGGAGAGCAGCGAGGACGACUUUGUGCGCUCCCUCUCACACUGCGUCAACUGGCAGGCCCGCGGCGGCAAAUCCGGCGCCGUCUUCUACGCCACCGAGGAUGACAGGUUCAUUCUGAAACAGAUGCCCAGGCUGGAGGUCCAGUCAUUCUUGGACUUUGCCCCGCACUACUUUACAUACAUCACCGGUGCUGUGCAGCAGAAGCGUCCCACCGCGCUGGCCAAGAUCCUGGGGGUGUACCGGAUCGGCUACAAGAACUCCCAGAACAACACGGAGAAGAAGCUGGACCUGCUGGUGAUGGAGAACCUCUUCUACGGGCGCAAGAUGGCGCAGGUGUUCGACCUGAAGGGCUCGCUGCGCAACCGCAAUGUGAAGACGGACUCGGGCAAGGAGAGCUGCGAGGUGGUGCUGCUGGACGAGAACCUGCUGCGGCUGGUGCACGACAACCCGCUGUACAUCCGCGCCCACUGCAAGGCCAUCCUGCGAGCCGCCAUCCACAGCGACGCCUACUUCCUGUCCAGCCACCUCAUCAUCGACUACUCCCUGCUGGUGGGCCGCGACGACACCACCAACCAGCUGGUGGUGGGCAUCAUCGAUUACAUUCGGACGUUCACAUGGGACAAGAAGCUGGAAAUGGUGGUCAAAUCCACUGGAAUCCUGGGGGGCCAAGGGAAGAUGCCGACGGUGGUGUCCCCAGAACUGUACCGAGCCCGGUUCUGCGAGGCUAUGGACAAGUACUUCCUGAUGGUGCCUGACCACUGGACCGGGUUGGGGGUGAACUGCUAAACUGGGCUCUGGACCAUUAAGCAGAAGCAGAACCAGAACCAUGGCUGCUAUCAACGUCACAUUCAAGUCUCUCUCCACACUGCAGCCACACAAGGAAGUCUCCAGUCUCUAUUCAGACUUCGGAAAAAAGCACACUUAGAUUAAUUUGUUUGGUGGACUGAACUGAUGAAUGUUGAGUAACUUAUUUAAAGCACGGUGACCCGGUCAGUUACACCCAAACAACUGAGGAAUGCAUGGAAAGCCUGCUGAAUGGUGACAGAUCUCCAGGGACGUGGGGGAGGGGAAGAGCCAGUGUUGUGGAAGUGCCAAGACAAAAGGAUCAUAUCCUGUAGAUUUUAGUCGUUGCACUGAAAGCCAGCCUGCUAAGGCCCCCAUGUGGCAUAUCCAAACGACCCAAUCUGAAA